AUCUGAACCUCUCUUGUUGUGGCCAUAGACGACAGUUGUUCCUGGGGCGGUGAGUUAUCUUGUCUGUUGUUGCUCUUCGGUGCAGUCACCUACCGGCCUGCCGACGUGGCUGGGCGGAAGAGGAGCUGCUGGCUGGCACCAAACGGAUCACCAUGUCCCAGGCUGCCCCCUCUAACGCCGACCCCUCUGCUGACGUCACCCCUCCACCUGCCCAACCCCCUCUCACUGACCCUGGUUCCUGCCAGGAUGUCCCAGCAGCCUUUGCACCGGCCUCCGCCGCUCUGCAGCCUCCUUUGGUCCCUGAGAGUUUCGUCCUCCCACAGUCCACCCAGGAGACGACCACAGAGGACACCACCACCGCUGAGACUCCUGAGGUUCCGACUGACCAACCAGAGCCCACCGCUGAGGGUCAGGUGAUCGAAUGUGACCAACCAGUGAGUCUGGAGCCAGACGCAGAGGCUGCGGAGGAGGAUGUGGAGGAGAAAGAAAAAGGUUGGGGAGGUUGGAGUUCAUGGGGAAAAUCUCUUCUGAGCAGUGCCACCUCCACAAUGGGUCACAGCCUGACCUCAGUUAAGGCAAAGGCGGGAGAGGCUCUGCGUCUCCACAAGACCUCAGUAGGAGAGGAGGCACGAGAAGAGGAGGCGGAGGGAGCAGAGGAGAAGAGUAAGGGAGGAGGUGAUAGUGGAGAGACUGACCUGUCCAGCUCUGGGGAGUCUUCUGCGAGUGCUGCAGCUCCUGGCAGGGGCGUCUUCUCUACGAUCACACACGCCGUGCAGAACACAGGUAAGUCGGUGAUCAGUGGAGGUUUGGAUGCCUUGGAGUUCAUUGGAAAGAAGACCAUGACUGUUCUUGCUGAGAGUGACCCGGGUUUCAAAAAGACCAAGACCCUAAUGCAGAAGACUGUAUCACUGAGUCAGAUGUUGAAGGAAGCCAAAGAGAGAGAGCGGGCACGCCUGGGCAACCAGCCAAUCAGUGCUCCCACCGCUCACUACGGUAUUCUGUUUGACGACUACCAGGGCUUGUCACACCUCGAGGCCCUGGAGAUCCUGUCCAACGAAAGUGAGGCCAAGGUCCAAGCCUUCCUCUCCUCCCUGGUGGAAGAGGAGCAGGAGGAGGUGAAGAAGGAGCUGAUUUUCAUUAAGGACAUCUUCAUCAAGCGAGAGGAAGAGGAGGAAGGAGAAGAAGAGGAAAAAGAAGAAGAAGAAGAAGGAGGAAAGAAGAAGGAUAACGGUGAUCUAAGUUCCCAAUUACACUGUUCUACCCCCCUGUCGGCCGACGGCGAGGAGUUUGUGAGCGUUCUCACUGAGCUGCUGUUUGAGCUUCAUGUUGCUGCCACGCCAGACAAACUCAACAAGGCUCGGAUGAGGGCCCACGAUUGGGUGACUGAGGUGGAACAGCUUGUCACUACGGAGACAGUUGGCAGGGAAACGCUGGGAGGAGAGGCCUCACCUGGAGAGAACGAAAAGGAGGAGGAGAAGAAAGAUGGAGAAGAGCAAGGGGAGAAGAGGGAAGAUGGAGAGGAGCAGGGGGAGAAGAAGAGCGGGGUGGAGGAGAUGAAGGGAGGAGAGGAGGAAAAGAAGAAGAAAGAGAAAGACCCCAGAUCUGUAGAGGCUGUCUACCUCUCAUCAGUCGGCAGUUUGGCUGAAGUGACGGCUCGCAGCAUCGAGCAGCUCCACAAGGUGGCAGAGCUCAUCCUCCACGGGCAGGAGCAGGAGAAACCAGCCAGAGACCAGGCACAAAUUCUCAUCAGGUUGACAUGUGCCAUGUGUAAAGAGGUGGAGUGUUUGGCCAAGAAGUUCUCUGAUACGCUGCUUCUUGUUGGGGGUCAGAGGAAAGCAGAGGAGUUGAAUCCACUGGUAGACAGUGUGCUGCUAGAGGGCUCCAACAGCACCAACUACAUCCAGAAUGCAUUUCAGCUGCUGCUGCCCGUCCUGCAGAUCUCCCACAUCCAAAGCCAGCACUCUCGGUCCACCACAGAACCAGCAGCACAGACACAGCACUAACACACACACACACACACACACACGCUACCUGCUCACCUGCUUGUCUUAAUGUAUCUAUUGUUGUACAGUAAAGUAUAGAAAAUAGAUUAUUCCACAUUAAGUGCUUAAAUCUACAUUAAGUGCCAUAGCAACAGGCAAAGAUGUUUUAUAUAUACAUAAUAUAAUCUUGAGGAUAACGAUUUAACAAAUAGACGCAUGUAGAAAUGACCCACAUGCAGGUUGUAUGUGUGUCUCUUCCACGUUGUAUCUCUUUAUGUUAUUUUGACUCAUUUUAGCGGUUGAUAUUUUGCUUUGAGGAACCAAACGGUGUUCGGAGCUGAUUCGAGGUCAGCUGUGACUCAUUCUGUCUGACAAAGAUGUUUCUCUAUCGUCUCCAAAAGCUGAACCAAAAACAGAAAAUUACUGCAUGUGUUGAAGGGACUCUAUAUUAAUGUAUAUUAAGCUUUCUUUGCACUCCUUAUGGUCCAUUGUUAUUUCAAAGAGCAUUGACUAACAUUAGUGAAGUGCCUGUUUUGCUGAAAUGUUUUAAUCUGGUUUGAAACAAAAUGCCAGUAUUAGUGAAUAUACACAACACCUUUUGCUUGUUUUGUUUAUUUAUGUUAAAUUAUGUGAAGCAACACUACCUUAUAUUUCACUCUUAUCCAGUUUGAUUUGAAAAGAAAUCUGAUCUUCAUACUUUAUAUUAGAAAUUAAUUUGUUCUCCUUCUCCCUUCUUGUGUAUAUUGAAGAUGUAUUGUAGGUGAAUUCAUCUCUAAUUAUCUUUUGUUGUGCUGCUACACUUAAAAAGUAUAGUUUGACAUUUUGGGAAAUUUGCUUAAUUGCUUUCUUGCGAGAGUGUGAUAAAUAUGAAGUUAUAGCCAGCAGCUGGUUAGCUUAGCUUAGCACAAAGACUAGAAACACGGGGAAACAGCUAGCCUGGCUCUGUUCAAAGGUAACAAAAUUUGCCUACCAGCACCUCUAAAGCUCACUAAUUAACACGUUAUAUCUAGUUUGUUUAAACCUACAAUAACUGUUUGGUUUUGGCCACUUGGGGGCAGCAGAAACAAGUUAUGAACACAGAAUUGACAUAUCAUCACCAUUUGCUUAUUUUCACAUCCAGCAGUUACAUAGCAACAUUAUUAAUCAUUAGGAGUGCUUUAACCAAUGAGAUAUACUGGUAAUGUGUUGAUUAGUGAGCUUUAGAGGUGCUGGUAGAUGGAUUUUGUUACCUUUGGACAGAGUCAGGCUAGCUGUUAUCCCGUUUCUUGUCUUAAUGCUAAGCUAAGCCAACCGGCUGCUGGCACUAGCUACUUAUUUAGACACUCUUGUCAAGAAAGAAAAUAUUAUAGUAUUUCCCAAAAUGUUGAACUAUUUCUUUAAUAACAAAAUGAAAUGUCCUCUGUAGGAUUCUAAUCUGAAGACCUUGAAGAAGUAACGUUAAUUAGCUGAAACAUGUAUGUGUUUUUUUAAUUUCGUCUUGCCCUUCUGAAUAAAGGCUUUUAUUACUGUUUUA